AUGUCAGUAUAAAAAAUAUAUUAUGUGCCUGAGCCUUUAAAGCCAUCGCCAAAUUACCGAGAAAUUGUCAAAAAAUUAAUAGAUUCUAGACAAGAGGAUAAAUAGAAAAUAGAUGAGUAUUUAGAUCAUUUCCAACCAACAAUUGAUGAAACGAGAGAAAAACAAGAUUAGUUUCUUGGCAAAAGAUAUCGAUCUAUUUUGUAAGCUCUUGAAAGGGCCAAGAAUAACUUAAUUAAGUAUAAUUUAUCUUUGUUGGAAUUGCAAGACAAAAUUGAAAAAAGCGUUGAAAUCAGAAAAGUGCUUGAAGAUGUUAACAACUAUAAAACAUACAGCGAAGCAUUGACAGAGAAUAUCAAUAAGUUAUAAAAUCAAAUUUCUGAACAUACUAUAAGAUGCAAAAACCUUAAAAGAGUAAUUGAGUACAAACAUGCCGCACUCAAUAAAUAAAACUCAAAGAAUCUUGUUCUAUUAAGAGAAAUUAAUGCAGCCAGACAUUAAUUAAAAAAGUAAAAGAAAACUUCAGAUACCCAAAGGACUCAGCCAUAAACUACCUUUUAUCCUUAAAAACCAUUAAGUCAGUCUAGUUAAAAGCAAGAAUAACUAACUGAUCCCCAAAUUGAUUAAAUCAAAUACGAGAAUAAAUAAAUGAGAUACCAAUUAACUUCAUACAGGAAUAAUAAAUAUUUGAAGAUGGAAUUAUUUAAUGAAUGCAUGGAAGCUUAUAAAAGAUAUUUUUCUAAAUCCUAAAAAGUAGUCAAGAAUUCUGGUCUCUAACACUCUCUGCUAUUCUUCAUUUAAAAGGCAUAAUUCUCAUUAUAAGAUAAUGCUGCCAAUAAUAGAUAUAAUCAUAAGAAUAUAAAGAGUGUAAUGGCAGGAAGGCAGAUUAGAAACCUAGUUCAUGAUACACUCAAAUAGAUGGCAGAGGAUAAAUAAAAUAAAAAAAACCCAUCCUUCGAUAAUUUACAGUUAGAGUGGGAAAUAUAUAAGGACUACAAUGCAAUGCAAAUUGUUGCCUUAAUGUGUUUGAAACCUAAAAUAUUUUCUGAGUUGGCCUAGAUGUUCUAACAAGAAGUUUUACAUUGA